GAACUAAAAUCAAAAAAGACAGGAAGACAACAAUUGAUCAAUGAAUUAGAACAGCAGACCUCAGAAGAUCCUGUCACUUCUGAUUCUGAUGGCCUUUCAGAACUAACAUUGAAAGAGAGAGGAAGAAGAAAACUGAUGAGUGAAGUAGAACAGCAGACCUCAGAAGAUCUAGUCACUUCUGAUUCUGAUCGCCCUUCAGAACCAACAUUGAAAAAGAGAGGAAGAAAAAAAUUCAUCAGUGAAGUAGAAGAGCAGACCUCAGAAGAUCUCGUCACUUCUGAUUCUGAUCGCACUUCAGAACCAACAUUGAAAAAGAAAAGAAGAAAAAAAUUCAACAGUGAAGUAGAACAGCAUAUCUCAGAAGAUCCUGUCACUUCUGAUUGUGAACACCCUUCAGAACAGGCAAAAUUAUUAAUAAGAAGAAAUAAAUGCCUUACCCAAAAAAUAAGAAGACAGAAAAAAAAAAUUGAAACACUCAAGACAACAUUGAUUGCUUCUCUAAAAGAAAAAGGGUUGUCAGAUCCAAGCCUGGAGCUAUUACUACUAGAAAAAUUCUGCAGCUGAAAGGACAUUCCUUAUUUGAAAGUUCAACGUUUCUUGCCAAAAACACAUGAAAAACUGGCUAUUUCUGUCAAGAAUAAUUUAUGAUUUUCAAUUUAUGGCACCUCAAGUUAGACGUUUCUCCACAAUUGGAAGAAAUAUUCUCAAAAGCUAAAUUAUUCUUGACAUCAAUAGUCAGUUUAUCUCAUCUUAUUUUUCGCCAGAUUUUGAUUUUAAAAUACGACUCCAUAUAAGAUGUCUAAAAAAUGUAAAAUGUUUUUAGACAUCUUAACUCCAUACUAUAGCUAGAGGAAAACGAUGAAAAUCAAAGAGACAUUGUUUUCAAAUCAAUGGAGUUGAAAUGAAUGAAUUAUUCUCUAGGCAUUGGCCAAAUCAUUUGUAAAAUAUAUUAUCAACUUUUAAUUUCUAUUUUCGAAAUUAAUAUUUCAUUUUUAAGUAACAUAGUAUAAGAAUUUUUAUACUAUGACCAAACCUUCAAUACCAUCGUAGGCUUAGAAUACCUAUAUAACAUAUAUAGAUAGAACCAUUUUUGAGCAUCAAUUGAUAAUUUCGAAAUAAAUCAAAUUAUGUUACGCUACUGCUACAGUGUCCCGUCAAACAAGGAGAGACGAAUGAGAAUCGAAACAAAUGCAGUUACAAGGCGAUUUCCGUUCCUCUUAUUAAUGUUCUAAGAACAUGGGCAUUCGAUAGUGCUGACUUUCCGAUACCUCCAUAUAAUUACAUCGAAACUAAAGUGUCUAAAAAAACAUAUAUUUAGUCAUUAGUGGCCACAUGGAAUUUUUUUUUCAUAAUUUGAAAUACAAUUUUACGAAAUUUCGAGAUAAAUUCUAAAUUGUUAUUAUUCUCAGAUAAAAGUCAAAAUUAAAUUUAAUAAUUCGAAGAUGAAAGUCGGUAUUAAAUUUGAGUAGUUUCAAUCACAGAACACUAAUAUAUCUUUGAUGGGAGGGGAGAUGACGUCACGUCAAUCGUAAAUUCAGUUGAUGGAAUCAUAAUUUAUAUUUAGUAUUCUGUGAUCAUAAUUAGAAAAUUAGACCAGUGAAAUAUAAACUGCACAUUAACCUAAUUUUACGUUCAAAAUGAAUAUUCCUCAAAUAUUAAUAUUUUUUAUUUCAAUCGAUGAAAUAUUUUCCCUUAAUAAAUAUACCGAGAAGGCAAAUUCACCAGAAAAUUUGGAUUUCAGACCUCACUAUUUACAACACUUAGAUAAACCCUUUAGGAUGUCUAAAUUGAACUUACUUUGGUCAAAAGCAGUAGUUAGAUUGUCUGAAACUAAACUCAGCUCAUUAUUCAAUGAACUAAAAUUGCAUGAUAAAUUAGAAAUAACUUAUAAGCAUCAAAAAGUUCAAGGAAAGGAUAAAGAUGGGUUGAAGGAAAAUGAAUUAAGAAACAAACUCAAAGAGAUCAUGUCAAAUUAUAAUCUAUUGGAUCAAAUUGAUUCUGUAGAUAACCCAACUGAACACAGAGGUUAUAGGGCAAUGAACAGUGCUUCUGAUAAAUAUAUAAACAAGAGUUUAUUCAGAGAUAAAAAAUUAAAUAAAUUGUGGGAAAAAGCUGAGCAUUCAGGAUUUACUCCCGAAGAAUUAGAAACCUUAAAAGAAGAAUUUUUACAUCAUCAAAAUAAAGUUGAUCAGUACUAUUCACUACUCCAUGAUGUCAAAAAUAAUACUGAUGAUAAAGCUCAUGAGAAUUCUAUUGACGAAAAGUUGGAUAGAUUCAAUGAGAUUGAUAGGGCCGAGGAAAAUGACAAAACUAAUAAAGAUUAUUUACAUAAAGUGAAUUUGAUUCGGGAACAAAAUAAAGUGAUCAAAGAAGGUUAUGACCAUUUAUCUCUCCUUACUGCUAAAGGACCUAGUAGCAGAGACUUUGUUGAGCCUAAAGUUCAAGGAUUAUGGAAAAUUGCAAUAGAGUCUAAUUUCUCACCAGAUGAAUUAGAUUCUUUGAGAAUUGAAUUAUUACACUAUGAAAAUAGGCUGAUGAAACUUAGGCAUCUACAAGUAGAACAUGCAAUCAAUGAGGAAAAAUUUGAAUCACAUAAAACAGCUUUAGGAAGUAAACCAGCUGAAGAAUCCUUUAUAAGAGACCAAAUAAAAAAGCACUCAAGAAAAGUUGAAAAAAUACAUCUGGAUAUAGAAAGCCGUAUUUUAGAAAGACAUGGAGAACUUUAAAAAAGUUAAUAUUGAAAGUCAUGGAAAAAUAUCGAAAUAAAAUUUACAAGCUGAUGUUUGAAAGCAAAUGAGAUAAAUAUUAAAAGAAUUAUAUUCAUUUAUGAAAUUUAAAGAUAUUCUGUAGAUUUUAAUAGUCCCAAAAAAUGAUUCUUCCAUUAGGUAUAUUUAUAUAACUUUUAGAGUAUUAUAUUUAAAAAAUAUAUUUUUAUUAACAA